AUGCUGUCGCUUGUGCUGCUGAGCCUGGCCGCGCUGUGCAGGAACGCCUUGCCUCGAGAGCUGACUGUUCAAUGCGGCUCUGAAACGGGGCCAUCUCCAGAGUGGCUGGUCAGGCACACCCUGACCCCAGGAGACUUGAGGGACCUCCGAGUGGAACCUGUUACGACCAAGGUUGCAGUGGAAGACUACUCGGUUUUGAUGAACAUAAGCUGGGUUCUCCGGGCAGAUGCCAGCAUCCUCGUGCUGAAGGCCACCAAGAUCUGCGUGACGGGCAAAAGCAGCCUGCAGUCCUACAGCUGUGUGCGGUGCAAUUACACCGAGGCCUUCCAGAGUCAGACCAGACCCUCGGGGCACAAAUGGGCGUUCUCCUACGUGGGCUUCCCCAUGGAGCUGAACACACUGUACUUCAUCGGGGCCCAUAACAUCCCCAAUGCAAACAUGAACGGAGAGGGCCCCUCUCUGUCAGUGAAUUUCACCUCCCCAGGCUGCCUAGACCACAUCAUGAGAUAUAAAAAGAAGUGCAUCGAGGCAGGCAGUCUGUGGGAUCCCAACAUCACCGCCUGUAAGAAGAACGAGACGACGGUCCUAGUGAAGUUUACGACGAGUCUCCUUGGCAACAAGUACAUGGCUCUCGUGCGUCAGGGCGCCGUGAUUGGGUUUUCCACCGUGCUGGAGGACAAGCUGACACGGACGUCGGUGGAGGUUCCAGUGAGAGGCGAGAGCCACGGUGCCGUGGUUCAGCUGACCCCGUAUUUCCGCACCUGUGGCAACGACUGCAUCCGACACCAAGGAACUGUUGUGCUUUGCCCACAGCCAGACGCCCCCAGCCUCACAGACACCAACAGAAGCGUGCUAGGAAGCUGGCUCCCUCUCCUCCUCCCGCCGCUGCUGGUGGCCGUGUGGGUGCUGGCAGCUGGGAUCUAUCUAAGGUGGAGGCACGACAGGACCCCGACGGUGUCCUUUCCAGCCACCACGCUGCUGCCCCGCGCCAAGGUUCUUGUGGUUUACCCGUCUGAAGUCUGUUUCCAUCACACGGUCUGUGGCUUCACAGAGUUUCUCCAGAGCCACUGCGGAAGUGAGGUCAUCCUUGACAAGUGGCAGCAGAAGAAGGUCGCAGAGCUGGGUCCCGUGCUGUGGCUCACCACUGAGAAGCAGGCCGCCGACAGGGUCAUCUUCCUGCCUUCCAAUGAGCCCAGCACCCAGUGUGGCGGCGCCUGUGCGGGGGGCGAGGGCGGCCCCCACAGGGGCUCCCAGGACCUGUUCGCCCUUGCCUAUAACCUGCUCUGCAGCGACCUAGGAAGCCAGACGCAUGCGUGCAAGUACCUGGUGGUCUACUUCAGCCAGCCUCCCGCCGCGGCUGGUUACAGCGCUCUCCGGCUCUGCCCCCAGUUCCACCUCUGGAGGGACGCGGCCGCCCUGCGCACGCAGCUCCUCCGCGUCACGCAGCAGGGGCCGGUGGGCACAAGGUCCUGA